AUGGCCAUUGUGAAGCUAGCUGUGCCGUCGAUUCUUUCAUUUAUCCUUCAGUUUCUGGUCGAAAUUAUCAAUAUGUUUUUUAUUGGCAAUAUUGAUAUUGAACGUCUUGAUGGAAUCGACCUUGACAGUAUGUGGGGAAACUUUAUUGGAGUCGCUGUGGGUUGGGGUCUAGCAGGAGGCCUUGAGACCUUAUGCUCCCAAGCGAACGGUAACAAGCAAUAUGAAAUGGUCGGCAUAUGGCUGCAAAGAGGAGUAGUUGUGCUGACAGUUGCUUUUAUUCCAAUUACAAAUGCAAUCCUCUAUAUAACUGAAGUUCUUAUGCUAAUGGGAGUUGAAGAAAAAAUUGCUGAAUACAGCUAUAAUUAUUUAUCCUGUGUUUUACCAGGGCUUUGGUUCUUCUUAUGCUUUGAUUUCUUCCGAAGAUAUUUGAAAGCUCAAGAGUACUUUUGGCCCUGCCUGGCCGUAAAUGGAACCACAACAACCUUGCAUGUAUUUUGGUGCUGGCUGUUUAUUAUAGAAUGUGACUGGCUAGAAAAAAGUGCAGGAAUUGCGACAUCAGUGACUUACAUUUCAAACUUUGCAGUUAUGUCGCAUUGAUUAAAUAUUUUAAACUUGAAAAAAAAAAUGCAAAUCCUGCAACUUCCAAAACUUCUGGCAUGACAUCAGAAAAUUCUUAAGAUAUGCAUUGCCUUCAGCAGUAAUGCUCCUCCUUGAUCAGCUUAA